AUGGACACAGACACAGGCAUGCACCAAAACCAACACAACAACCAACAGUUCAAAAUCCAGCACCACAACAACAACCAGAGCAAGGACAACAACCAACAGUUCAAAAUCCAGCACCACAACAACAACCAACAGUUCAAAAUCCAGCACCACAACAACAACCAACAGAGCAAGGACAUAAAAGAAGUAGAGAACAAGGAAACCAAGAAUUCUUAA